GACGACGACGUACACUCAAACGCCUAACAUAACUCUCCCGGUCGUCAUCGCGUAUGUUUUACACACAUACGGAUACAUCAACCGUGGUAUACGUAUAACAAACAAACACACACACGCGCGCAAGCGAGCAAAUUGAACUUUUUACGAUGACCGCGAUGCCGCCGUGCGUGCACGCUACGAAUAAAUGAUUUUUUUCUAAAUGGACCGACCGAACCCCGCACAGUUUAAAUUAUCAUAAUCUCUUAACAAUCCUUAAUUGAACGGGACCCGGGACGUUGAGAGCACCGCGCACAAAACACAUUGGCAUACAGUCCCUUGGUCUCGUCGCGUCGUGAACUCGAGUUCGAUAUUAUAAUAUACCUAUUGUUGUAGUACACACAUAGCAAUCCCCAGAACAUCUAAAGUCGCGUCUUUAUUUCCUAUAAUACAACGUACGGUUUAGCCCGAAUAGCUAAUAAUAAUUUCGUUUACGUUUGAUGUGAUAUUGUUUCGUCUGAAAACUUUUACCGUUUACUCCGGUCAAAAAUGUACCGUCUGUUUUUGGUACUGUUUUGGUGUUGCGGUUUGUUGGGCUACGCGUCCUCGGAUGAAACAACCACUUCGGUGUACGAACACUGCGGAAAUCUGCAGGUUCAGGAAAAUAUUCAAAUCAAAUUGAUAACUGGUACAUGGUACGUAAUUGAAGUUCUACAACACAAAACAAAUGAAAAAAUGUAUCAUGGAGAGAAAUUUGAAGUACCCACGUGUCCUUCUGUUUUCUUAACGCUUGCGGGUUCUGAUACAGAUCUGAAAUUGUACUGGAAUGAAGAUAUGGGUGACGUUGAAUAUCUGUUCAAAAUUAAAGACAGAUCAUCUCCCGGAUUCUGGUUGUCAUCCGGAUCUCAAAACGGCACCCUAGUGCAGGUGACCAGCUACGAUCAGUUCGCGGGCAUGGUGUACGUGCGGAAGGCGAUCAGCAAUCACAUGGUGUUGACGUUCUGCUCGCCGAACACGCAGUUGUACAGCGUGGUGCUGGCCAGGGACAAGACGCUUGAUCCCAAGGACCUGAAGAGCAUCGUGAACCACAUGCACCUGCAAAAGUUGCCCAUCACGCAGACGAAACGUACGUGUCGCAGCUCUGCGUCCGCGGCCCGAGCCACCGCUUGGAUGACCACCGCGUUCUGCUUGGCGUACCUGAUGUGGUACCAGCGUGUCCACAAAUAGGUCGGUCGCCACCACAAUAUGCGUCGCGCACCUAUUCACGUCGAGGCAAGCGGACGCGUAUAAAAACCCACACACACACAAACACACACACACACACACGAGGGCGCAGGGUCGGCGUUGGUCGAGGUAUGUGACGAGGGGGUAUAGUUGACGACUUAAACUCGGUGACGCACCGCGGAUGGUGAUUAUAAAUCAUGAUAUAAUACUUAAUAUAACACCUGCGCCGUCUCCGAACGAUGUCCGAAGCCGAUAUGACUUGGAUGUUUUUAUUCUGAUUAAGACUUACAAUACAAUCCAUAUUAUUAUAAUCUACUAUAAAUAAUAGGUACCAAAGAUUUAUCCAAUGAUCUACUACAUUAUAUUAUUAUAUUACGGUAUACGAGUAUAUUGAUUUUUGGGUAUCAGCUCUUUCUGUGUUAGGUAUAUGCAACAGUAGUGAAAUUAACAUCACAACACGUGUCAUAUAAUUUUUCGUUAUCUGAACUGAUUUGAAUACAAGACAAAGCUACGGAAAAAUUAAUAUAGUAUAUCUAUGAGCUGUAAAUUAAUUAAUUAUUAUAUCUGUGCUUAAAAUUGAAUUAUUAGUGAUGAACGUAAAUUAUAGACAUGACACAUAUUAUUAUAUAAACAAAAAUUGUUUGUUUCUUAUUAAUAAUAAUUUUAAAAAAAACACGUACCUAGAACAACUCGAAAUUAUUAACACUAGGUACCUACCUAAAAAUACGUAUGUCUAAAUGACAUAUUGUAUUCGUAAAAAAUUGCAUUCCCUUAAAUAGGUACAUUUUAUAAAAUCGUCGAAAAUAAUACGUAAUUGCUCCUUACUUACUUCUUUAGCAUGAUAUACACGUAGUAAAAGACUCUUAAUAAUAAACUGUAUUUGGUAUCAGCGGCUACGGCGUUAUUAAAAUUCAUGUUUUUUUUUUUUUUUGAAGACCCUAAACCCCCUUUCACUUUGAUGAUCCUGUGCAUACACACAUAUACAAACGACAAUACUUAAAACGAUAGGAAUGAAAGGAAAAUAAAAUACAAAAAACACACAUACCUUCCAUACCCAACAUUGCGUUGUCAUCCAUAUACAUAAAGACAACAUAAUAAUAUACCUAUGAUAUGUGUACCAUGCUCAAUUCAAGUUGUGCAAUAAACCGUUAAAAUAUAUCAAUUCCGUUCAAUUUGUA